UGUGUGUGGCCUCUUCCUUUGCCAUUUAUUCGCGGCGCAUUGGGAGAGCGCGCAGCCUUUCAGACGAUCCUAUUGGAUGAGCAAGGGAUAUUGCAAGUGAUGAGAGAGAGAGAGAGAGAGAUAGAGAGAGAGAGAGCAGACACACAGUGCGCGUUAAUAGGCUCCAGAUGCCUUCAGUGGAAACGCACGUCUGCGGGCUGCGUGGAUCUCCUCCUCUCUCCCGAAUCACGCAGAUGUAAACUGAUCUUUCUGCCAUCGGAGGACAAAAGGAGAUUUUGGGUUUGUAUCACACCUCGGAACACGUGGAAAGCUUAUUUGCUGCGCGCCCGUCCUCCCUGUGAUGGAGGCGCGCCGUGGUGGUGCAUCGGUGGAAAUGUGCGGUGAGAGGUGCAGAGGAGACAAUCAAUGAAGACACCGAGGGCUCCCGUGCGUUAUUCGGGCAAGGUCAGAGUCUAGCCUGGAUGAGAUUAUAUCCAUGUGGGGACGACAAGGACGGACUUUUACGCUUCCUCUUCGGGGACGAGGUCGCCCGGGGAUGUCCCCUGAAAACCCGGAGUCUCUCCGUGUGUGUGUGCUGGAUUGCGGAGGCAGCAGAAAACAAAUCCCCCCCGUCUGCAUCCAGCUUUGUUUUUGACGCGCUCUCCAAGCUGCGUGGCGUAUUCUUCUUCUUCUUCUUCUUCUCUCCCCACCUUCCAGACCUGGAGAUAAAGUUUCAUCCUCUGUGCUCGAGGGCCGGAUCAUUUGUUCAGCCACUGACUUGGUUUCAUUUGCGCACAGUUGAACCCGGCUGAGGUGACUCGGAGGCGGCUGGUUAAAGGGGCAGCGGCGGGACUGAAUUCCAUCAGAGCUGCGGCACAACAGCGGCGGCCAGCUGUGCUUUCUGGACGGUCACAUCUGGCGCCGCUGUCCAUGGUGCUGAACUCGCGCUCCAGGAAUGGUGGAGACUCUGAGUAUCGCGGUCAUAGGCGCUCCCGGAGUGGGCAAAACUUCUAUAAUCCGCCAGUUCAUCUAUAACGAUUUCUCGGAGGUGUACACGCCGACCAGGAGCCGAUAUGUGUACAGACCCUCCGUCAUCCUCAACGGGAACAUGUAUGAGCUGAAGGUUCUGGACGUCCCGCCAAUCUCCUCUUUUCCAUCCAGCUCAAGCCAGGAGUGGCUGGACCUGCGCUGCAGAGGCGUCCGCAACGCCAACGCCUACAUCCUGGUGUAUGACAUCUGCUGCGUGGAGAGCUUCGAAUACGUCAAGAUGAUCAGACAGCAGAUAGUGGAGCACAGGGAAGGCAGCAGCAGUGAGGUGCCAAUCCUGGUGGUGGGCAACAAAAGAGAUCUGCAGCGCCAGCGCUUCAUGCCUCGCAGGGCAGUUUCCGUCCUGGUGAAGAAAACCUGGAAGUGCGGUUAUGUCGAGUGCUCUGCCAAGUUCAACUGGCACGUCGUGCUGCUCUUCAAAGAGCUGCUGGGCAUCGCAGUGGCACGGGGCAUGCGCCACAACCACACCUCCAUCCGUCUGCAGGGGGCACUACAGAGGAAUCGCUGCACCAUCAUGUGACCCCAAGAGCUCCCUCCACCCCCGAUCACCUCAGGAGUGGAGCAGCAAUGGAGAAAAAGGACUUUUUAUCAAAAUGGCUGGAUAAACCUACCCCGUGGCCUCCUGCUUUACUGAGCUGAUUUUUCAAAAUGAGGUUUAUUAGACUCUUGCGCUGUAAAAGACACUUAAAUUCACACAUGGUCAUCCAACCACUUCCUCGUCAAAUUCUGCCUAAAUGUGUAAAUGCAAGGAGAGAGGUGUGAGAGGGAGUAUAGGUGAAAACCAAUACAUUUAGCAUAGCACAGUUAUUUUUUCUCUCACAUUAACGAGCCAGUUAGGCAUUUGAGGCUGUGCUGCCCCAAAAAGGAUGCAGCAGGUCUCACUGCCGGUUGUCUUGUGACUGUAGCAGGGCCUGAAAUGAUGGAAGCUGUGUUUGUGAGACUCAAAAUGGAGAGGCAGCAAUAUCAUCGAGUCUUCCUUUGAAUCAACAGCAGACGCUCAUAGCUGACAUGUUUGGAUUUAUCUAAGAGUAAGGAUCGACAAAAUAGCAAACAAUAUUAAUCUGUGGGGAGAUUAUAUCUGGAAAUGUACAAAUAUGAUUAGAUGGUGUUUAAAUUUAGAUUGUGAGACGUAGCCCAUGUUUUUUCUUCUUUUCCUGUCCCCAUUCCAAACCUGGCCCAUGGGUAAAUGUGGAUUGUGCAGGCGAAGGGUGUUUUAAGGUUGUCUUGCAGCAGAAAAUACUGCAGUCCCUUAUCAUGAUGUACUGUAGGACUUUUAAUCUGAUCCCUCCCCUCACUCAGUGUCUGAUUCUGAUGAAUACAUUAAAUCCAGAGAACUGGGGACCUGCAGGAGGCUGCAGAGCCUGACACGAGAACCUGUGCACGCAAUGUGGAUCUCUGUGUGUGUGUGCGUGAGAGAGA